UUUCCUUUCUCAUCCAUGUGUCUCUGAAGUUCGCCUCGUGUUACCUUGUGAAUCAGUCUAAUUUAAAUUAUUAAAUCAUGGCGGCGAACAAAACUAUAGCCUCGUUAGUUUACGAUUAUUUAAUGAAAACAGACUUUUCAUUAGCACAAGUGUUUCAGAAGAAAACUAAAGCUCCACCAUUACCGAAAGGAUCCCCAUCCAUUCAAGAAGUAGUGAAGCAUUUCGAUUUGACGUCUCCAAGGAAGUUCAAAUUAUCAGAAGAAGUCAAGAAGACAUCAUCUGAUUCCAGUGAUGAAUCGGAAGAAGAAACUGUUGCCAAACCAACCAAACCUCUCAUGAAUGGUAAUGCAAAGAAACCUGUCGUCGGCAAGAAGCAACAGUCCAGUUCAAGUGAAGAUAGCAGUGAAGAUGAUGCCCCACCAGCUGCAAAAGCAGCUGCCGCAAAAGCCCAAGCGGCUAAAAAACCACCCAUGACCAAUGGCAAGGGUCCCAAGAAACAGGAAUCCGAUGACUCAUCUGAUGAUUCCUCUGAUGAGGCACCUGCUGCUAAACAGCCAGCCAAGGCAGCUGUUCCAGCCAAGAAACCAGCUGCAGCUGCUGAAGAGAGCAGUUCAGAAGACAGUUCUGACGAGGAACCAGCCCCGAAACAACCGGCCAAAGCUCAGCCUGCAGCCAAGAAACCCGCAGUUGCUCCAAAAGUCGCUCCCAAAGCAGCAGACAGCUCAUCUGAUGACUCCAGCUCAGAUGACGAACCAGCAGCCAAAGCAGCACCUGUAGCUGCUAAGAAAGCCACGCCUGUCGCCAAGCCAGGAAAACAAGAAAGUUCCUCUGACGAUUCAAGUGAGGAGGAAGAGACGCCGGCACCUAAGAAAGCUGCUGUUGCGGCUCCAAAAGCAGCAGCUGCGGCUCCAAAAGCAGCAGCUGCGGCCAAGAAACAAGCUGCCAAGCAGGAGUCCAGUUCUGACGACAGUUCUGAAGAUGAGGCACCAACCAAAGCUGCUCCUCAGAAAGCAGCACCCGCAGGAAAGAAACCUGUAGUGCAGGUCAAAGCCUCUGCCAAACAAGAUUCCAGUUCAGAGGACUCAAGCUCUGAAGAAGAGGCCCCUGCCAAGAAACCAGCCGUCCAGACUCCGAAACAAGCUGCUCCCAAAAAAUCAAUAGGAACACCGUUCCCAGCAAAAAAAGCUGAGAGCUCAUCUGAUGAAGACUCCAGCUCUGAAGAAGAAGCCCCCGCAAAGAAACCAGCUGUCCAGACGCCCAAACAAGCUGCUCCCAAAAAGUCAAUUGGAACACCAUAUCCUGCGCAGAAAGCUGAAAGCUCCUCAGAAGAGGAUUCAAGUUCUGAGGAAGAGCCUGCUGUGAAAGCACCACCGGCCGUUGGAGGAAAGAAGCAAGCAGGUGCGGCUAAAGCACCAGCAGCUAAAAAAGAGAGUAGUGAUGACUCAAGUGAUGAUAGCGAUGAAGAAGAAGAACCAGCUAAGCCAUCCAAAAAACCUGCAGCUCAACCACAAGCACAAAAAGGCGUUAAGAGAAAAGCUGAUGCUGAUGAGGACUCCAGUGAGGAAUCCGACGAUGAUGACGAAACUCCUGCUAAAAUUGCUCCAACACCAGCAAAGAAAGCAGCUGUCAAGAAAGAUUCAGACUCCGAUGAGGAUUCUGAUGAAGAUGAAGAAGAAGCUGCCCCUCCAAUGAAAAAAAGCAAGAAGGAACAGCCUGCGCUCAAUGGUAAACAGAAAUUCGGCGGUGGCGGAAAUGAUAACAAGUACAACAAUUUCGUCAAAUCCAAUGAUGACUGGAAAGAAAACGGCAGAGGCGGUUUCCGUGGAGGCCGUGGUGGCCAGCGGGGCGGCAGAGGAGGAGGUUUCAAGAAGUUCGAUGGUGAAGACGGGGGCAGAAAGAGUUGGGGUGGAGAAGAAGGCGGAUUCCGGAAAAGCUGGGGCAACAAGGGAGAAGGUGGAGAAGAAGGAGGGUUCCGAAAAAGCUGGGGCAAUAAAGGAGAAGAUGGAGAGGACGGUGGCUUCAAAAAGAGUUGGGGCAACAGAGGGGGUGGAGGUGACAGAGGUGGAUUCAGAGGUGGUCGAGGCGGCUUCCGUGGAGGAGACAAUGAGGACGGUGGCUUCAGGAAAAGCUGGGGUGGAAGUGGAGGCGACCGAGGCGGGUUCCGCGGUCGAGGUGGCCGAGGGGGUGGUGACAGAGGCAGGGGAGGAAGAGGAGGCUUUGGUGAUAGGCGAGGAGGAGGUGGUGACAGAGGGGGUAGAGGAGGAUUCAAUAGGAACUCAUUCGGUGGAUCAGACAGCACUCCACAGAACAAGAAAAUUACAUUUGACGAUUAAGUGCGAGGAUCUCGCGGCAGCUGGGGUGAAAAAGCUGCUUUUGACCUGAAGAUGACCCGAGGAAAGUCGUUCAAGCACGAGAAGACAAAAAAGAAAAGAGGAAGCUACCGAGGAGGUCAAAUCUCCACUGGUGUGCACUCAAUACGCUUUGAUGACUAGAGCCCGUUCGCACUGACUGUAAAUUUUGUAAAUAUCUUUGUAUAUAUUCUCCCCGGUCCCCUCUCUCUGUUAACACUUUGUCUCAAGCUUUAGCCACCAGGUGGAAUUCAGAGCUUGUCCGCUGUGAAUUUUGUUACGUUUUGUGGUGCUGACCGACAGAUGCUGUAUUCGUGCCGCUGUCAUGCACCAGCGUUGGUUAGCUUCCUCCAAGUUCGACUAUAUCUUUUCGAAAAACUUGAUUUUUUAGGCCCCGAAUACUGGCGGGUCUUUAACCAUAGAAAGUGGUUAUAUUGUGAUUUAACUUUGAAAGUGAUUAAACUCUAAGGGAGCUCUAUCUCUUUUGAAAUGCAUUUUCUCUUCCCCUGAUCAUGUCUCAAAUUGGGAGGAGGGUUGCCAGUUCUAUUUUUUUUAUUCCUAUCAUGGCCAUUUUUAUUAUUUUAACUUUCAUUUUACGAAGUUUCCAGUCUCACCUUCAUAUUUUUACAUUGGAAUAUUAUUUUAACACAUAAUUCAAGGCUAACCCGGUGCAUUCAUUUUCUGCCCCUAUCUGAAGUCUUCUUGCUGUGUUAUACUGGAAUUGGCAUGGUCAGCCCCCCCCUCCCUGAUCUCGUUCCAUUUGAUUUUAUCUAACGAGAUCGUUUUACCCAUAAUUCAUCUCAGGUUAAUCUUUUGUCAUUCUCCGAUAUCAUCAGAUCCUAAAUAUCUAUGGAGUUCUAUAAUUUUCUGACUAUUCUUUUAAGCAUUUUUUGUGCUAUCUAACCUCACAAUUAUUUUGAUCGAAUCCUCUAAAUGCUGAUCCUUUAUUUUGUUUAAGUUCCUCUGAGGUCAAUUUUGUUUAUUUGCCACCAUUUAAGCUCGGCGGUUUCUUGUCUUAAUAUAUAUCUUUUACACUGGAAGGUCUGUAUUGACUUUGAUGUAUUUGUGACAUUGUGGAAGUUUAAAAGAACCAUUUUAAGAUAAAUGAAUAUUUUCUGCCCUGUAUCAUAGACUAUUUUUGUUGAUUAAACAUGCGCUGAUUGAUUUGAUAAA